AAGUGAUUGGUAAUUGCCACCCCCACACACUUAUUGAAAACUGCAGCCUUUUAGCUCCCAACAAAAAACAAAACCAACAAAAAAAAAAACAUGGCUGAACAACAACAACAACAACAAGAUCAUCACAAAGAGCUUCAGCUUUUACCUUCUCCACCGUCAACGGAAUCUCCGUUAAGAAAAUUCCGACCAACAGUUAUAACAACCGAUCACCACCAUUCCUCCUCCAUGAUCCACCACGAUCUCGACCUAAAACUCUCCAUCAGCCUCAGCACAAUCCCAACGGCGACGGUGGAGCAUCCGAGCAACGGCGACGGCGGAGGUGUGGAGGCGUUGAAGUGGCAGGCGGCGGAGCAGAUAAGACUGGCGGCGAUAGAGAAGGCUUACGCCGAGAGAGUCAGAGAGUUGACUCGCCGUGAGAUGGAGAUGGCUCAAUCUGAGUUCGCUCGUGCAAGGGUGAUGUGGCAGAAGGCAAGGGAGGAGGUGGAGAGAGCAGAGAUGCUGAAAGAGAGAUCAAUUGCGAAGAUCGAUACGGCUUGCUUGGAGAUCACUUGCCACUCUUGCAGGCAAAGGUUUAGGCCUUAAUUUUAAUUAAGUCUUUAAUUGUUUCUCUUAAUUAUUGUUAUUAUUAAUGGAAAUUUGAGAGAGAAAGAGAGUAUUGGUUUAAUUAGUUUGAAAAAUAAUUUGAAAAAAAAAAACGGAAGCCAUUCUUUUGUUUUAAAUUCCAUUUUGUGGUUAGUUCAGUUUGUUUUCAUUUUCGAGUUUGGUAAU